GCCGAGCGGCAUGCUGCCAUGUUGUUGCGGGCUCCGGCGCCGCCGUCAUGUCAAGCCCGGAGGGGCUGGUGGGGACGCCGCCCGGCACUCGCGAGCGGUCGGUCACAGCUGUCUCUUUCCCUCCCACUCAUCAAUUGACAUCAGGAGAAGUAUUUGAUUCAGAUGGAAAGCCUCGAGUCGAUAUUUUGAAGACCCACUUAAUAAAAGAAGGCCGAGUAGAGGAAGAAAUUGCAUUUAGGAUAAUCAGUGAGGGGGCUGCCAUUCUGCGAAGAGAGAAAACCAUAGUAGAAGUUGAAGCUCCCAUAACAGCAGGUACAGCUGCAGCAAGAAAAGAAAUAAUCAGGAACAAAAUCCGGGCAAUUGGCAAGAUGGCCAGAGCCUUCUCUGUUCUCAGAGAGGAAAGCGAAAGUGUGCUGACCCUCAAGGGCUUGACUCCCACCGGAAUGCUGCCCAGCGGCGUGUUGGCCGGAGGACGCCAGACCUUGCAAAGUGGUAAUGACAUUAGGCAACUUGCUGUGCCCCAGAUGGACUGGGGCUCCUCCCUCUCUGUUGUUCGCACCCUACCCACCACAUGCAGGAAAUUCCUUAGGCCUUUCUGUUCCUGUCCUAGGGGCUGAUGAUGAAAGCAUAAUGUUGCGUGUUAAGCGGACAAUGUGAAAUCAGUAUUCAACCAGGGUAUUUAAAAAACCCAAAUGAUUUCAGUGUAGCCUGGUCUCCAUCAGUCUUGGGGGUUUCACGGGUAAAACCUUGCAGACUGCAUAGUUGCCUCUGAGCUGGGAUUGGAUUGACAGCGGAGAGCCAAAGAUGAGGGAUCCGUUGCUCUGUCAUCAGGCGCUGAGCGAGCUGCUCCCUUUCUGUCCAUUCUAUUGCAGGACUUAACCAGUGAACGUCAGGUGCUUUUUGGAUGACGGGAACAGGUUUCCAAUUUCAAUUCUGUGUUUUGUUGACAGAAAAUGUGUUGUACCCUGGUGAUUGAGGCCAGAGUCUGUUCCUUCCUGAUGUUUGUCAGAUGUUCUGUGUAACGCUACUGCCCCCCCCCCCCCCCGAACUGUCCUUGUAAAUGGUUCUUUCCUUUCUCUGCAGAUGCAGGUGCUUUCGCAGACCUGUCUCUCUUUCUCUAGGUAUAGCUGUAUGUCUGUAUAAGUGUGUAUCAAUUAAAUCACUAUCUCAGACA